CCCGACACAUUUAGAUGCGGGCCGUCCUCCGAGUCUGUCUUGAUGUGUAGGGAAUGACAGCGUCCUCGCAGAAGGGUAGGCAUACUAAUUGCCACUCAAUUCCUCAGAGUCUCAUGACUGGUCAGGGUAUGCGUUACCCCUGUGCAUUAUCAACGCUUCUCCCGCUCUCAUUUUAGUCACACCGUCAGUAUUUAAGCGAAGAUCAAGUUCCUAACCCCUUCAGGCCCGUCCCACCAGUUGUACCGCUCGCAAAGAUAUUCGACCACAUCCCAGCCAUCCGAGUAUAUAUGUACACGUCCAUUUCGGCGUCUCAGUGGGGUUCCCCUACUGCUUCCAGGCGGGCUCUGCUCAUUCAUGGUUUGACUAUGUCCUCGCAAUCAUGGGAGGGUGUUGCUCAGCUAUUAGCAGCAGAAGGGUUCUUUGUUGUUGCGCCGAAUCUCCUUGGGCAUGCAUGGAGACGAGGCACCGACUAUCGUGUGUCCACUCUUGCAGAGGACCUCCGACCGUAUUUUGUCAUGGACAUGUCCUAUGACGUGAUUAUAGGUCAUUCUCUUGGGGGCACGGUGACCUUAUCGCUCUUGCCAUUCUUGCCCAACACAAAAGAUACCACUGUUAUACUCCUCGAUCCUGCCAUCGAGCUUACGAAGGAAACAGCCGACAAGUGUGAAAACUGGUUUCUGAAGGAGAUUGCAAAUGUCAGAACCGCCGACGACCACAUGGCUGAGAACCCUGCUUGGUCUCGAGGUGACAGCUUGAUAAGAGCACUAGGAGUCUCCAUGUGUGGUCGUACUGUUGUCGAAGGGGUAUUUAAGCAUAACAGUCCCUGGUCUUUCAGUGGCUUAUUCAAAAACAUCCCACCCCACGUGACGAUCACUGUGCUGGCAUCAGAUCCGGCGCUCGGUGGUAUUUGUCAUUUGGAGCACGUCCCUUGUGACGUGGCGAGAUUGCAUGCCAAAGUUUUUAUCGGAAUUGGUCACUGGAUUCAAUACGAGGAUCUGGAUAUUAUCAUGAAUGAAAUUCCGCUACGAAGAGCAAAACUCUGAGUCGAGCACUCGAGAAGAUAUAUUUUUGUGGUGUAGUCUUCGUCUACGUUCAAAUGAUACAGUCACCAUUGAUAUUCUUCUUAGACCCUGUUGCUUGAGUAAUGUAGUUACGCAGCGGUUCCAAAGUACGAUGCUAUUCCCUCACCCGCUAGAAUCGCUAGAUAAGUUCUCUCCGCCCAAAAUAGCGAACUAGGACUUACUGGUGGGCCGGAUCUGCUACAUACGCAAAAUCACCGAUUCAACGGUAUGCCCUGAUGUGCUACUCACAUUUAGA